AUGGCAACUCAAGACAUUGUUUCCAUCUUCCAGGCCUUCCUGAACGCAGUCAACAACAAGAAGUGGGAUGAAGUUCACAACCACCUCCAGCCGGUAGUGAGAGCAACCUACAACGAAAACACAGAAAGCAGAGACCAGUUCAUCAACCGCCUCACCACAACGGCCGAUAAGGGCAGUAUCUUCAGCGCAGACCAGUUAACCGUCAACGAGGCCGCCCAAUCCCUCGGCGCCCGCCUCGUCACAACAACAGGCGAUGCCCCCGAGGGAACCCCAUCCAAGGUCUGGGACCUCAUCCUCGUCUUCUUCGAGAACGGCAAGAUUGUCCGUCUCUACCAGGUCGCAAACCAACAGAGCCGGGGAGUAGGCCCCGUGCCCGCCCCGCCGUUCGUGCCCGAGUACGCCGCCAAGGCCUCCCAGAACCCAAUCUCGGCCGCCGAGAUCGAGGCGCUGUACCGCAAGUACAUCUACAGCUACAACGACGGCACCAUGCCCACCGUGCUGCCGGCGCUGUGGGCGGAGACGAUCUCGAUGCACGGGAACCUAGUGCCGGCAGUCGGAGCCGUUGGGUUCCUGGGCAAGAUUCUGCUGCCUGUCAUCGCCGGACUCAAGUAUGAGGUUGACGAGUUUGUGGUUGAUGAGAAGAAGCAGCAGAUCGCCGUCAGGCUGUCCAUCUCAGGCGUGCCUCAGAACAAGAAUCUGCAGAAGAAUGGCCCGGAUGGGAAGGUUACUGUCUAUGAGCAUGCUUUGUACGGAUAUGAGGAGGGUAAGGUUGCUUGGGCUUGGGCUGCACAGGCUUUCGACAUGAGACCUCCCUCGGCGUAG